GUCAGGUAAUUGUCAGUACAAAUUCGCAUUUUCUCUCUCUUUCUCUCACUUUCUUUCCUUCCAAUCGAAAAGAAAACGGAUUGUCAAAAGGAAAAAAAGAAAAAAAAAAUUAGAAAUUCACAAAGCUAAAUAGCAUUCAUCAGAUCAGAAACAGUUUGCGACUUCAUUUUACUGAAAUUUUUUUUCUCCGAAAUUUCUUGGAAUUAUUUUUGCAAUCAAAAUCUGAAAUUUAAAAUGCGCGCAAGCUGCUUCCGAUUUCCGGCGAAACGCUUUCAGGAAGAUAGAAUCUUGGAUUGGAUAGGCAGCUGCAGAACAAGGGAUUUGGUGGAGAGGAAAUACUAGUAUAUAUAUUGUGGUAACCUGGCGGAAUUAUGGCGUCUGCCAGUCUAGGAAAUGGGGGAGUAGGUAGUUCAAGGUCUGGUAAUGGCUUCAAGAGUUCAUCUAGUUCAGUUGAUUGGUUGGGGAGAGAAAUGCUCGAAAUGAGAUUGAGGGACAGGGUUGAUCGCGAUGAAGACAGAGACAGUGAACCGGAUAUAGUUGAUGGAGUGGGUGCUGAAUCUGGACAUGUGAUAAGAACUGCCAUUGGGGGUCGAAAUGGUCAGUCAAUGCAGUCAGUCAGUUAUAUAACUGAACAUGUGGUUGGAACUGGUUCAUUUGGUGUCGUCUACCAAGCAAAAUGUAGGGAAACUGGAGAAAUUGUUGCUAUUAAAAAGGUCCUCCAAGACAAGCGCUACAAGAAUAGAGAGUUGCAGAUUAUGCAAAUGUUGGACCAUCCAAACGUUGUUGGUCUUAAGCAUCAUUUCUUUUCAACUACUGACAAGGAAGAGCUGUACCUAAAUCUUGUGCUUGAGUAUGUCCCCGAGACUGUUAAUCGUAUUGCAAAGAACUACAGCAGACUCCACCAAAGAAUGCCCUUAAUAUAUGUUAAACUUUAUACCUAUCAGAUUUGCAGGGCACUUGCCUACAUACAUAACUGCAUUGGCAUAUGUCAUCGUGACAUCAAGCCUCAGAACUUGCUAGUAAAUCCGCAUACACAUCAGCUAAAAAUUUGCGAUUUUGGUAGUGCAAAAGUGCUGGUGAAGGGAGAACCCAAUGUUUCUUAUAUCUGCUCCAGAUAUUAUCGUGCUCCAGAGCUCAUAUUUGGUGCCACUGAAUACACAACUGCUAUAGAUAUAUGGUCUACUGGUUGUGUGAUGGCCGAGUUGCUUCUUGGACAGCCUCUAUUCCCUGGUGAAAGCGGAGUUGACCAACUGGUUGAGAUCAUUAAGGUUUUGGGGACGCCAACAAGAGAAGAGAUAAAGUGUAUGAAUCCAAACUACACGGAGUUUAAAUUCCCUCAGAUAAAGCCGCAUCCAUGGCACAAGGUCUUCCAGAAACAAUUACCUCCAGAGGCAGUAGACCUCGUCUGUAGGUUCUUUCAAUACUCUCCCAAUCUUCGAUGCACAGCUUUGGAGGCUUGCAUUCACCCUUUCUUUGAUGAAUUGAGGGACCCAAAUACACGCCUUCCUAAUGGACGCCCACUCCCUCCACUGUUCAAUUUUAAACCCCAAGAACUUACAGGCCUUCCUCGUGACACUAUCAACAAACUUAUCCCAGAUCAUGCUCGUAAGCAGAACUUAUUCAUGGCUCUGCACACUUAGCCAAAUCUCUUCUUCUCCAACGUGCCACCGCAUGCUGUCUUGAUCUUGAUGUUCUGCCGACACACGUAAACUCCCCUUUCCUAUCCUAUUUGACGCUUGUAGUGAGAGAGAAGACUUGCAAAAUGAGUCACUCCGGGAAACCUGAGGCUUUGAUUGCUUGUGAAGCUUGUUUUUGUUUUUAUUUCAUGAAGCAGCUGUAACUUUUUCAUGUAUAUUUAUCAUGAUCCCUGAUAUGGGGUGAUUAAUAUGAGAAUGAAUGUAGUUUUCACCAUCUCCUGAAACCCUCUUUUGUGGGUCGUUGUUCUUAAGUUUUUUUUCCAUCCUUUACAUCAUAGAAUGAAAAUAAAGAACGAAAUUAACC